GGGCCGAUUCGCCCACCGUCGGAUUCGGCUGUUUGGUCACCUUACGGCUGAGCAUGGCGUCUUCCGGCCGAAUGGACAUCCAACUGCACGAUAGGCCUACCUUAUAGGGUAAGGGUGAGCUCCUUUUGUUUGGAACCUCUUAUACGGCCAUGUUUUGAAUUAGGUCACAGGCCAUAACCCGGUUAGGCUGGGGUGGUGUGACCUGACAUUCGUUGACCCGGAAGAGAGAAAAUGCACUUUUAAAAAGAUGAUAACAUGGGGUGGUCCUGAGGAUAAAAACACGGGUAGGUAAUAUGACAGCACCCAAAGUGACUGGUGAGCAGCCAGUUUCUGCUCCGCUCCCGAAGCCAUGACCGGGCCGGACGGAGCUGAGGGUGCCUGUAGUGCCGUCAUCUGCCGGUGGUUCCGCGUGCCGACCGGCGCUGUUGGUGCCGUGGCGGUGCCCGCGCCAAGUUUAAUAUCAGGUCAAAAUUAGCCGGAGCCGGUCCGGCUGGGCGGUCGGCCACGUCCCGUCGGCGGAGCCGGAGCCGGAGCAGGGCGCGGACGGAACAGCGGCGGACCCGAGAGCCAGUGGUGGGCGCACGGCCGCGCCGCAGCCGACGAGACCGACCCGGCCGCUGAGCCAGAGUCGGAGUGCGGCAGCGGUCAGGUGUUGCCGCAGGUGUCUGAACCCCGUGCCACUCCGCCGUCCGUCCGAACUGCAGCGAGCGGCGACAUGUGGACUCGGCCGCCGCCGGAACAUGAGUAAAGCGGUGCAUUUUGUCGCCGAGGAGCCAGGGUUGGUCGUUGAGGAGGCGCCCGGUCACUCGGAGCCGGCGGAGAGGAACGGUGCGCGAGUGUCGCCGCCGCUGAGGGUGAGAGUGCGACUCCUCGAGACUCCUGACAGGGAGGAGCGGCGCCGAGUGGUCGACCAGUGGUGGCACGACUGGCGCGAUGGCAAACUGCCGGCGGUCUACUACCGGACGAUGCCGAGGUACCCGUACCUGCAGGAAAUGAAGGAUAAGCUACUCAACUCGUCACCCAAGGCCGAGAUGGAAGACACCACUACCGAGACUGUCGAGCUGGGAGAGACGCCAGUGUCAAUCAUAAAGGUGACACCGGAUCGCUGUGUGUCCAGUCCAGUGGAACGUCCUGCGCCGCCACUCACCCCAUCGACGGCGUGUUUCCGGAUUCUCUCGUUAGUUUACGCCAAACUUCUGGUGGUGGUCUGCAUCGCGUUUCUUAUAUCCGAGAUCAUCACCGACAGUGUGCCACUCUAUUUCUACGAGGCGUUCUUCACCUACCUGUACGGCGUCAGCAUCCUGUUCCUGCUGUACGUUCUCGUCUACCUGCUGCACGAGAGCAGUACCAAAGUCGGGAAGCAGCAGGAGGGCUCCGGCUGCUGCGGGAAGAAGGCCAAACCGCCCGCCGAUGUGAACCUGAACGACGGCGCCGGCGGCGGCGGCGGCGGCUCGCCCGAGCGACUCACGCGCGAAUGUCGACCGUACAAGACCAAGACGAGCGACAACGAGCACAGCCAUGGCGGAUUCUUCCUGCGGAUCGGCGCCAUUGCGUUCGGGCUCGGAACCAUGGUGUACAACGGCCUGGAGCUGGGAACCUUCUUCGAGAUCCCCGAGGACUCUGAGUGCUGGCAGAUCCUGAUGGCCGUCAACCCCUGCCUACAGGCCACAUUCACAUUCAUGCAGAUGUACUUCAUUUUCAUGAACUCUCGGCUCAACAUCCACAAGUUCAAGGUGGUGGCUCGCUGCGGCCUGAUGCACGUCGUGGCCACCAACGUGUGUGUCUGGCUGCGCACGGUGGUACGCGAGAGUCUGCGGGUCUACACGGACCACAGCCGCGCUACGGGCGGCCGACGCACCGAGGACUUCCUCAUACUCGGUGAUCCCGUGGCGGCCGCUGACAACUUCACCUGCGGCCGGGUCAACAUCAUGGGCGCGAUCGUGCGCGACGCCUCGCCCUACCUGUUCCCGCUGAUGAUCGAAUACUCUCUGAUCGGCGCGGCGGUGCUGUACAUCAUGUGGCAGAACAUCGGCAGGUGCCCGCGCUACCUGGAGGAGGACGACAUCCCCGACCAUGUCAGCGUCACCAGCCGAAAGGCGCACACCAAGGUGGACUGUAUCGGCGCCUCGAAGGGCCUGUUCUGCGGCCUCCUGGUGCUGGUGGCGGCCAUAAUCUGCCUGGUCCUCUACUUUGUGCUGAUCGAGAGAGAGGAGUACGAGAAGAUGGCCAUCUUCCUGGCUGACACAAGCCACGCCGGCAUCCUGUUCCUCAUGCUGCUGGCCACGCUGGUCGGAUUCAUCAGAAACCGUAAGCUGAAGUUUGCGCAGGACAAGCCGGACGAGCUGGACGCCAUCCUGCAGCGUGUCUCCGGGUUCGGCCUGUUCCUGUACUCGGUGUUCUGCGUCAUCUCGGCGGCUCUCUCACCACUGCCGCAUGUACCGAACCUGCUGGUACUGAUCACGUCGUCACUGGUCAUACUGCAGGUACUAUUCCAACUUCUCUACGUGGCCGACGUAUCCAAGAGGGCCGUCUACCUGCCGGAACACGACCUCAGCAAGCCGGGACGUCAGGUGGUCACCUUCCUGCUGCUCUGCAACAUCGCCCUCUGGGUCGUCUACACGUUCGAGAUCAGGAAGGUCGAGGCCGACCCCGUGCAGCUGAACUUUUACGGUCCGCUGCACUGGGCGGUGCUGCUGCGCGUCACCCUGCCGCUGGCCAUCUUCCACCGCUUCCACUCGGCCGUGGUGCUGGCUGAGGUGUGGAAGUCGAGCUACAAGGCGCGCGCCGACUGAGCGCCCCAGCGCUGACUCCACCAACAGCUCCACACUCCCGGUCGGGGACGGACGCGCGCCGCUCGCCGCGCUGUUGUAUGUGCUGCUGCGCCGUUCACUGUGUGCGUGUGUGUCGCCGAGUCUCUCCCCGACGAGCUGCUGCUUCACUCUGCGCGCCCCGCCCCGACUAGGGAUGUGUGUUUGUACAUGUACAACUCAUCUCAUGUUUGCUGCAGUGUAGCUGCGGUGGCGCGGCGGCCGUCCCGCCGCGGGCUGCGAUCCCUAGUCCGGUGAUCCCUCGUCCGGUCGACGGGCGGUCGCCGCCAGCGUACAAAAGGACGUCUUCUCUCUGGCCGGCCCCGGCGCCGGCUCCGGCGAACCAGUCCCGAACGGCCACCCGAUUCCGGAGACGCUUUCACUGCCAGCCGCGGACGGGCCGGCGCCGCGGGCAGUCUGCCGGGAGCCAUUAGCAAGACGCCCACUGGCCGGCCGCCUAAUGCUCUCACGCUACUCACCCAAGCUGUACAUAGGCGCGGCGCGGCACUUUGGGGUGCCCAGCGCCGCCCGCUUUCGCUUUCAGUUUUGCUACUGUACGCCGUGUUUUGUACCGUAUUUGAUAUAGGUGCAGUUUUGUACCGCGAAUGCUGGAUGUCGCCGAGCGAAUUGUGCGUGUGGGCUCAACGUCGGUCUCGUUGGCCGGUCGGACGGCCGUCUAUUCUAGCAGCAGCUGCGGCAGCACGACGUGUAAACUAGUCAUUAUCGGGUGUGUUGAGGUGGACGUGUGAACCCGGCCACCAGCUCCCGACUGAGGCUGCCGAGACGGCGGUCAAUCCAAUACUCUCCGGCGCCGGGCCGAUCAUACCGAUAUUACCCAAGACCAGUGCUCCCGCCGAGUACCCGGAAAAUCGGUCGGAGGACAUCGCGUUCCAUGAUGAACUUUCGAUGUUGACGACCGGGAGCGCGGAGUUUACGAUGCAGUUUAGUGGCAAGGCUGGAUCAUGUGGCAUUGUGGGAGACUGGGGAGGGGACGAUCCCAGCGUCUGUGGGACAGAUCUGCCGUUUGGAGGUGUGGGGGAGGCGGCCGGUGUUAUAUUCGGGCCGGUCGGAAGGGGAGGGGGCGGGGGCGACUCUCGCCGCGCUGUCAGUUCAUGGGUCCAUCGUCUGUGUGCUCACCGCCGCGCCGGCGCGCGCUAGCUAGCUUUUGCCUAUGGCCGCCGGUCGAUUCUUUGUCUUUGGUAGUAGCUGGUAGUGACGUGCUGGACGGUGGCGACGCCGCCCUGCGCCGGCGGCGACCACUUUAUUGCUGCUUUACUAGCCGUACGUUGUCGGUACUAUGGUGUCAACCCCGUGAAUGUUCCACAAUAAAACGUUAAAGUCA